UCCCACACUGUCUCUGAAUUUAUACUCCUAGGUUUUGUUUGUGAGUGGAAAAUUCAGAUCCUCCUUUUCUCACUCUUUACCACAACAUAUGCUCUGACUAUGACAGGGAACGGGGCCAUUGUUUGUGCAUUAUGGUGUGACCAGCGACUCCACACUCCCAUGUACAUGUUCCUGGGGAAUUUCUCUUUUCUAGAGAUCUGGUAUGUCUCUUCUACAGUCCCCAAGAUGUUAGUCAACUUCCUCUCAGAGAAAAAAACAAUCUCCUUUGUUGGCUGUUUCCUCCAAUUCUAUUUCUUUUUCUCAUUGGGUACAUCUGAGUGCUUACUUUUGACUGUCAUGGCCUUUGACCGAUACCUUGCUAUCUGCCGGCCCUUGCACUAUCCUAAUAUCAUGACUGGGCAUAUCUGUAUCAAAUUGGUCAUUAUCUGCUGGGUUUGUGGAUUUCUGUGGUUCCUGAUCCCCAUUGUUCUCAUCUCUCAGAUGCCCUUCUGUGGUCCAAACAUUAUUGACCAUGUUGUAUGUGACCCAGGGCCACUCUUUGCACUGGCAUGUACUUCUGCUCCAAAAGUCCAACUGUUUUGCUAUACUCUAAGCUCAUUAGUUAUCUUUGGUAACUUUCUCUUUAUUCUUGGAUCCUAUACUCGAGUCCUUUUAGCUGUGCUGUGCAUGCCUUCAGUCACUGGAAGACAUAAGGCACUUUCCACCUGUGGAUCUCAUUUGGCUGUGGUAUCACUGUUCUAUGGUUCUCUGAUGGUCAUGUAUGUGAGCCCUGGACUCGGACAUUCUGCUGGAAUGCAAAAAGUUGCAACUUUGUUCUAUGCCAUGGUGACCCCACUCUUCAAUCCCCUAAUCUACAGCCUCCGUAAUAAGGAAAUAAAGGCAGCCCUGCAGAAAUUUAUGGAGCGUCUCAACAUAAUCUAA